UUCCACAACACGCAACGCCAGUCUCAGUUCGCUUACCGCCGGUGCGCUCUGUUGUUAAAUAACGAAACAUUUUAAUCUUCCUAAUUAAAUAUAGACAAAUACGUGUAAAUAUUUGAAAUAAAAGUAAUGAUAUUUGUGUUUGCUUUAUCUGUGGUAUUGUUCGAUAACUUCAUAAGGAGUAAGGGAUUUGAAAAUAGAACGUAAUAAUUUGUAUUUCGAUCGUGUUUUUUUAGUGUUUUUUUUUUUAUUCCAAUGAACGUGUUACGCUUGUGAAUCUGUGGUAUGAGCAAUUUGGCGGUAUUCGCCUUUAAUAAUGGCAGUGUAUUGUAAACAGUGAUUAAAAAGAGCAAAUUUAUAUAAACCAAAAGCUUAGUAUUGAAGUUGUUGUUAAAGUGCCUACCUAUAUAUAGAUUUAUGUGCGUUUCUCUUGUGACAUAAUUGAAAUAUUUUUGGAUCAUGAAUGGAGUCACUUGAAGGAGUUGAACCGUCUGAUGAACGAGAUCUACGACACAGUGACGGCCGUGUGCAACAUGGACGAUCAUAAACCGGGCAGCUUUCCCACCGAAUCUGACGGGAGCACAAGCGAAGAUUCAGUGAAAAUAACAAGAAGUUUGACUGAAAAACGUAAAAACUACGUACGUCGGGUGUCCUCCAGGGUCGCAUACUUGGACCAGAAAAACGUAAAAGUCCAAAGAUUUAGGCACCAGACCUCGAUCUGCUCCUACAAAUCAGAGGUCAUAGACAAUCCAUACUCUACAUUCCGCUCUUGGAAAAGUUUCCGCACGUCCCAGAAUAACUUGGCGAAAGACAAAAUGAACGAGUCGGACUCUAAAAAUAAUUUGACCGAUGCCAGUGGCAAUGCACUGUCAAUGGACUUUAGUGAUAGUAGCAUAGACAACGUGAGCAUAGACGAGAAGACUGGCUGUGUAGAUAUCGACUUGCCCUUCGAAACCAGAGACAAGGGAUUGUUUAAUAUUUCUUUACUGGUGGGCUUGAACUACAUGAGCGGCGAAGCUUAUGUGAAGAGCGUAUUUCCUAGUCAGGUUCACGUGCCACCCCACAUUGAGAAUCUCAUAUUCCCGGAAACGUUAAGCUGGACUAGCAAUGGAGAGUGGUCGGCUGACGCGAGUGCACAGUGCUACUCGCUAGUGCUCACCGACGAGCGGGGCGAGAGGAGCUACGGUUAUUGUCGGCGCGUGCUACCAGAGGGCGCUACGACAUGUCUACCGCUCUGUUACUGUAUCAUUGGGAAAUAUAGGGCGCCCGGGUUUUAUUAUAAGGUGUUACAAGAAAUAGAAUCUCACCACGGCAGCUCCGAGACGGAGAUCCAGUCGAUACUCCAGCAGCUCAUCGACACGGACUUCCCCGAUCCGGGCGAGGAGAUCACCAUUACGUACUCGAACACCAGCCGACGCUCCAUAGAGCUGGACACCAUGAAGUGCAAAACCAUGCCCGACCUGCGACGGAGCGGCGGGAAGCCGGACGAGCAGUACUUGGAAGGGUUCGCCGACAAGUCUGAAAGCUUGGGCGAUGAGUUACCAAGGUUUUUGGACUUAGAGAACAACAAUGACGUGAAGAGUGGACGCUACACGCCAAGACCAAAAAUCUUAAAACGUCCCAUCGAGCCGCGAGCUGACGAAGACAAUUUGUCGGUUCUGCUCGACUCGCUGGGUGCCGGCCUGGUGAUUAAAGUCUUCGGCUCUUUGCUGCUCGAGCGGAAGGUCAUCGUCAUCAGUGAUCAGCUCAGCGUGCUGUCGUCAUGCAUGGAGGCGCUGCAGUGGUCGCUGUACCCGCUGGUGUGGCAGCAGCCGCUCAUCUCGUGCAUCCCGUCCGCCAUACAGCGGGACGUGCUCGAAGCCCCCUUACCGAUCCUUGCUGGGAUGCUCACCUGCAAACCGACAGACACCACCAUACAUGAGGGUAUGCUGAUAGACCUGAGGCACCCGUCCAAAGUGCUUCACUGUCAGGGCGACGAGUCCACCAUACUGCCCACCGCCAGUUACAAGACAUUGAAGACGGCUCUGCAGAUGGAGUCUUUGAAAUACAAGGAUCGCUCGGAGGACUCGAAAACCCGUAACGUGAUGAUAUCGGAAGCGUUUCUCCGGUUCUUUGUGGACAUCCUCGGCGACUUCUGGCGGUUCUUCGCCGAGGGAGAGGUGAAAGACGGCGCCCUGGGGAAGGGGGGAGUUGUGUUCGACAAAGAGGCGUUCACAAAGAGCGCGACGUCGAAACAAAACCAGUACUUCCUCGAGUGGUUCACGGAGACGGCCAUGUUUAACCAUUUCAUACAGAACAUGGCGACGUGUCACCGCCGCCGCGCGUCCUCCGCGUCAUCGACCACCGUCGACGAGGGCUUCGUCGACGCCCCACUGCCCAACUUUUACCAACUAUUCGAGGAACGCGUCCGCAACAGAAGCAAAAGUGACUCUCACAAGAAUUCCGAAAGUAAAAACUAUAGAAGUGCUGUGAAUAAAAAAGUGAAGUUAUUAAAAAGUAAAUUAAGAGACUUGAUUACAUAAAAAGACGUGUUGAAGUGUAAUUUAUUGGCUAUGUCUACAUUAUGGUAAUAUUUUUUUUUAAACUGACUGUCAAAAUGAAGUCUCGAUUCAAAUGUAUUUUUUGUGUAUCACUCUGUAUCUUUCAAUCGAUUUUUGAAAAUAUAUGCAGUAAUAGUCCAGUUUUUUUACAACACGGGAAUGGACUCUUUCGAUUAAAAAAGAAUCAUUAGUAUUGGUUCCCUAUUGGCCAAUAUUUUAUAUGUAGAACAAAUACAAAAACAAUACAGUUGAUUUAAACUUCUUUUUACGGUUGUUUGAAAAUGUAAUGCUUUAAGUAUAAACUAUGUUCAGUUUAAAUAAAAAAUGUGUAUGUUUACGACUGUAAUCCUUAAUGGGGUAGUCAGAUAAUCGGAGCUUAUUCGAAUACGUUGAGACAGGGGGUUUAUGGUUUUUUCUUGCCAUAUAAUGUCCUCUUGGAAAAAUUUUAUGUUAAUGAUUGUUUUUCACUAUCAGAAUGUUAGUCAGGAAUUUAAAUGGACUUUUUAGUGAUAUAUAAACUGAUGACCUUUUUGAGUUGACAAUAUUGACAUUUUGGAAUUAGAAAAUUCAAUUUUUUUCUAAUUUCUUUUUAUGGAAUAAAGUAAACUGUACAAUAAUGGAGUUAGAUUUUCCAGACAAAUAUUCUAUCAUGACUUAUGACCACCGCAAAUACUUUUUUAUACAGCUAACUACAUUCAUGACAACAUAGCAAACGUUAUAAAGUAACCUGUGUCCAGUGUUAAUCGUUAAUAUUUUUUAAUUAAUAAAUACAAAAUUUUACUACUACUAAGGUAACUAAAUAUGUUAAAGUAAAGAGUAAUCUUAGGUCUUCAUAUCAAUUCACAAUAAUUUUGAUGUAAAAAUUAUUUCUCUAUGUAACAUAGAAAAGGAGAUAUGUAAGGUUGGAAAAGAUUUAUACAACUAUUUUGUAUACGUUGGUAUUUAUUGUUGGUAAACCGUCGUUAUGUCCUUCACCAAAUAUUACAUACUAGUUUUACUCUGUGGCUUCACUCUUGGUCGUAUUGUGAUGUUGCCUAUAAUCUUCCUCUACAAAUAAGCUAUCAAAUGCAAAUAGAAUUUAUAAAAUCCGACUGUUAGUUCUAGAGAUUAAUGUUUUUAAACAAAUAAAUGGAUAUUCGUGUUUUUACCGUGAUGCAGUUGUGUUUGCAUCCCUGUAUUUCGGUUUAAAGGGUGCGAUAUGGUAGUGAAUUUACAGGGUACAGAGGAAUAACACCUGAGUCCUCAGGAACGACAACGCAUGGGGGGUAUCAGGGGCGAAACAGUAUACUCUGUUAUGUCCAUGGUACUGCUCAUGUGUAUAGGCGACGGUUACCACUUUCCAUCAGGUGGACCAUCAGCUUGUUUGCCAUUCUAAGUUGUAUAAAGAACACUUCAACUCUUUAUUACAUAUGUCUAAUUUUUUAAACAUUAUUUAAUGUGCACCAAUAAACAAGCAAAGGUACUCACAUUUAUAAUAAAAAGGACAUUUGUCAAAUGAUUUGGUUUUCCAUUCGUUGUAAGUUUAAAGAACCUUUUCAAGCAUCGGAAUGUUCUAAUUGUUUAUUAAAGCAAUUUUGUGUAUAUAUAUACACACACUACAUAUAUCUAUAUGGCAAUCUAUAAGAGAGAUAUGUAUGUUUAGUAGUGGACAGAUAAUGGCUGAGUUAAUGCUGAUAAUGGCCGAGUUAAUGCUGAUAAUGACCGAGUUAAUGCUGAUAAUG